ACCUGCAGUUGAGAUCAGGAGGAUCCGGGACGGUCUUCACCAGAGAACAGCUUUGCAUUGCAAACGGAGCACUGUGGGGACAUCCUAGAAGAAACACCGGGGAAAUAAUAAAAAGCACAGAAUCCAAGCUGAAACUGCUGCUUCUGCUUGCUCGCAACCAUGAAAAUUGGCUUCGUUAUAUCGCUGACGGGCGCCUUACUGUUGGGCACAUCUUGGGGGAAUUAUGGAGACCAUACAAGUAAACGGCCUUGCAGACCUGGAUUUUCAGAAAGUUUUUAUACAGUGUUUGUUUCAAGGGAUAUACUAGAAGGUCAAAGCAUUCUCAAAGAUACCACGGUGUCUUCAGGACGUGUAAAAUUUGAUGACUGCCAAGGGAACCAGAGAGUCGGGUUUGAAAGCAGUGACCCGAACUUCAGCGUACGGACAGAUGGCUCAAUCUAUACAGAGCAUGAGGUGGCCGGCCUGUCAGAGCCAGUCCAGUUCAUGGUCACAGCCAAGAGACCACCUAACAUGCAGAUCUGGGAGACAACCGUCAAACUGGCUUUGGCUGGACAAACAACACCCUUUCCCUCUCUGGUGAAGCUAAUAGGGAAAGAGAAUACACCCCCAGAGUCAGAUCCUCAGCUGAGCGUAACCCUGUUUCCUUGGAAACAACAGCUGAGCUCAAAUGGGUUGAGACGACGGAAACGCGAUUGGGUCAUCCCGCCAAUCAAUGUGCCAGAAAAUUCCAGAGGGCCGUUCCCCCAGAUGCUCGUCAGAAUCCGGUCAGACCAAGACAGAGAGACUCUGAUUCGGUACAGCAUCACUGGAGUGGGUGCUGAUCAGCCCCCUAUGGAGGUGUUCAGCAUUGACCCAGUAGCUGGAAAAAUGUUUGUCACUAAGCCUUUGGACCGGGAAGAAAGAGCCUCCUAUCAUCUGAGGGCGCAUGCAGUGGACAUGAAUGGUAUCAAAGUGGAGAAUCCCAUUGAUCUCUACAUCUAUGUGAUAGACAUGAAUGACAACAGGCCGGAGUUUCACAACCAGGUCUACAAUGGAUCAGUGGAUGAAGGAUCUAAGCCAGGAUCCUACGUGAUGAAGGUGACAGCAAACGAUGCAGAUGAUGAUACAACAGCCAAUGGGAUGGUGCGAUACAGGAUUCUCUCCCAAUCCCCACAUAGCCCUAUUCCCAACAUGUUCACCAUCAACAGCGAGACCGGAGACAUUGUCACAGUGGCAGCUGGGCUUGACAGAGAGAAAGUGUCCCAGUACACCGUCAUUAUCCAAGCCACUGACAUGGAAGGCAAUCUUAACUUUGGGCUGUCCAACACUGCCACUGCCAUUAUCUCGGUGACAGAUGUCAACGAUAACCCUCCAGAGCUCACUGCCAGCACUUUUUCAGGCGAGGUUCCAGAAAACCGAGUGAACAUUGUGGUUGCCAAUCUAACUGUGAUCGACAGGGACCAACCCCACACUGCCAACUGGAAUGCUGUGUACCGGAUAGUGAGCGGGGAUCCUUCUGGCCACUUCACCAUCCGGACUGACCCUAUAACCAAUGAUGGCAUGGUUACAGUGGUGAAGCCUGUGGACUACGAGAUGAACCGCGCCUUCAUGCUGACAGUGACUGUGUCCAAUCAGGCCCCCUUGGCCAAUGGCAUCCAGUCCUCCUUCCAGUCCACAGCAGGGGUGACCAUCUCCGUGAUGGAUGCCAACGAGGCACCUUUCUUCCCUUCCAACCCCAAACAGAUCCGCUUUGAGGAGGGCGUCCCUGCUGGCACCACCCUAACCACUUUUGCCGCUAAUGACCCUGACCGCUUCAUGCAGCAGACUAUCAGGUACUCCAAGCUGUCAGAUCCAGCAAAUUGGCUGAACAUAAAUGCCACGAACGGUCAAAUCAUCACCACAGCAGUCCUGGAUCGGGAGUCAAUCUAUGUUAAAAAUAACAUUUAUGAGGCCACCUUCCUUGCCGCUGACAAUGGAUUUCCUCCAGCCAGUGGCACAGGCACACUACAGAUCUACCUGAUUGACGUCAAUGACAAUUCGCCAGAGCUCUUGCCCAAAGAGGCCCAGAUCUGCGAGAAGAUCAAUACCAACUCCAUCAACAUCACUGCUUCUGACUCUGAUGUGGAGCCUAAUGUUGGCCCCUUUGUGUUUGAGCUGCCAAGCUCCCCUCCCAGCGUGAGGCGUAAUUGGACGAUCUCCCGUCUUAAUGGUGAUUAUGUCCAGCUGAGUCUGCACAUCCAGUACCUGGAGUCUGGGGUAUACGAUGUGCCGAUCAUUGUUUCAGACUCAGGGAACCCUACCAUGUCCAACAAGUCAAUCAUCAAGGUGAAGGUGUGCCCCUGUGAUGAGAAUGGUGAUUGCACCACCAUUGGAGCUGUGGCUGCAGCAGGGCUGGGCACUGGUGCCAUCAUUGCGAUCCUCAUCUGUAUCAUCAUACUGCUCACCAUGGUGCUUCUGUUUGUGGUCUGGAUGAAGCGACGAGAGAAGGAGAGGCAGACCAAGCAGCUGCUGAUUGACCCCGAAGAUGAUGUACGUGACAACAUCCUGAAAUAUGACGAGGAGGGUGGAGGAGAGGAGGACCAGGACUAUGACCUGAGCCAGCUGCAGCAGCCGGAAUCUCUAGAUCACAUCAUCAGCAAACCCCCUGGGAUCAGGCGGGUGGACGAGAGGCCUGUUGUGGCCGAAUCCCAGUACCCAAUCCGACCAGUUGUCCCCCAUCCUGGAGACAUUGGGGAUUUCAUCAAUGAGGGCCUGCGAGCUGCAGACAAUGACCCCACCGCCCCGCCCUACGACUCCCUGCUGGUGUUCGACUACGAGGGCAGCGGCUCCACUGCGGGUUCAGUCAGCUCCCUCAACUCAUCUAGCACCGGCGACCAGGACUACGACUAUCUCAACGACUGGGGUCCUCGUUUCAAGAAGCUUGCCGACAUGUACGGGGGCGGGGACGAAGACUAACCGCCCUCGGCCGCAAGACGUGCCAACCACACUUCACCACUUAAGAAACAAAACAGAAAAAACAACAACAACCCAAGUGAGGACGAUACAAAGGCAGCUUUUUAAUGAAUUCCCCCUGCUGACUGUAAAAACAAAGAAAAAACAAUAGCAUUUUAUUUUUAGUGGCAGGGUUUCUGUUUCUUUUUAAGUUGGAUUUUUGGUUGUUAUUAUUAUGAUUAUUUCCACUCUUUUAGAACAUAAGCUGUCUAAUAGCAUGAAAAAGAGAAAAGGCGCCUUGUCUCUGUGCCAUUAUUCGGUUUCAGUGCAGCCAGCAGGGAUGUUGUUUAUUUUUUUGCUCAAAACCUUUGCUUUAUCACUAAAGAGAGUGAAAGGCACUCUUUCUUAACUUGAAUUCCUUAGAACAGAAGCACUGUUGUUAAAAAGUGCCUUUUUGGUGCGUUUAAUCGGAUUCCCACUAUCUCAGGAUUGGUUGCCAUUCGAAUGGAUCGGGCGGCACGCUUCUCUCUUUCCCUCCCUCUCUCUCGAUGACCCCCAAAACUCUCUGGUCAGUAACGUAGGAAAAACAAAAAAGUAAAAUCUGUCUGUACAAAUACUCAUUUUGAUUCUGCUUCUUGUGAAACUGGGUAUUGUGUAAGACAAAGUAGGGAAAACAGAGAGCUUUGUGCAAAUAAUACAACUAUCUUUCAAUGGGAGCUAAUCCGUGUUUUCAUUGUGGAGAGAUCCAAACUCAAAUGCCCAGGUCUUUGGAGCAUUGCUGCAGGGUUAGGGUUAGUCAUAUUCGCUCCUGUUGCAGAAGUCCGUAAACUUCUUCUCAUGUGCAACUUACAGCUAUUUCAGAAUUAAAAAAAAACACGAGGCGUAUGUCUUCAAUGCCAUUUGUACAAUUCUGAAAUACCUGAUGCUCUAUCUUAAGAAUUUAAACUCUUGGAAGUCAUUCUUCCUUUGAUACCUUGGAUCACCGAGUAUUUGAGUUUGGGUAGCUGCUGUCCUGUACCGUUUUUGAAAACACGUUCCUGUCUGUGCUGCUUCGCACUUGUUGCAAGUCUUUAACCAGACAUGGAGGAUGUAGGAUGAGGAGCACAGGGGAAUAUUAAUUGAUUCUACUUUCAUUUGUCUCCUGAUGACCUGAGAUGUAAGAAAGAAACUCUCAAAGGCUUGUACAAGUGAGAAAGAAGUAACAGCUGUGGAGAAUCUGGAUUCAAGAGGGUGACUUUUCUUUGUUUAAUGAAGUGAAAAAAAUGCAUGAAUUUUCCAAAGGUUUCAAAGUGACAGGUGUAAUUCUGUGGUCAGACUGGUAAAUGUGGUUAGGGAAAAUAUAUACUAUAAAAAAUGUAAAGUAUUUUUUUUAAGUAUUAGAAAAUCGCAAGCCGUCUGUGCUGCUUUCCUUUCCUGGUGUGCAUACCAGCAAAAUCGUGCAUCGUGGAGCCCUGCUGCUCGAAGCUUCAACAUAUUAUUGAGCAUCAGUGUGUUUUAUACUGGGUUGCUUCAUUGUGAGUUUUGCUAAAGUGUUCUAAAUUCAGGUAUUGACACUGCUGAUGCGAUUCCAUUGCAUAACAAGUCGUUACAGAAACCUGUCUCAUUUAACAAAUUCCAAUAUCAAUCCUCCAAGUUUCAGUGCAAGAGCGCCCACUCAUCGAAAAGCCAGUGAGUGACUGAAAUGGCAUUCUUAUAAUCAUGACUGGUGAUAUGGGACAUUGCUUUGCUGUUCAUUCAGUUAAAUAAUAGAUAUGUGUAUUGUAUAUUUCAUUUUUUUUUAAAAAAAAGAGUCUGCACUUUACUUCUUGGGGAACCAGUUUGUUUUUGUAUAUGGUCUGAUCAUGUUGGCCAUCAAAAUGAAAUCUAAUGACUUAGGCAGGGGACAAAGGAAUCACACCCUCUGUCGCCUGAUGUCAAAAAAAGGAUUGUGAUGCCAUAACUACUUGAUAUGCAAACUGCUCUUGCCUUGCUGUCCCAAUUUCAUUCGUUCAUUCACAUCUGAUCUUCAGCUUUUAGUGCCCUCAAAUAAAUCUACUCUAAAAGCUGUUCUGGACCUGAGGAAACACAAUUCCCUGUUUUUCUGUGCAACUCAAAUAUUUAUACCUGUCAGUGGUGUUCCCUUGUUCGUGGUAUCUGGCGCAUUGGUUAGUUUGGUUGGAUUAAUAAAAAUCCAUUUGAAUCCAUUUCAAUAGCAAAACUUCCCUGGAGUCAAAUCCAGUGUUACUGGGAAAUGAUCACCUCCUUUCAAUACUAGAAACCUCUGCAUACACUUGGAAACGUCGUCUCUUUUAUGUUUCAGUUAGCUUGCUCGGUUCCGGAGUUUUAUCCUAUGGUAGUUUAUCUGUCAAAUGAUAACAAAGUCCUUGAGGUAAUCAUAGUAGUAAUUGACUUUUUAAUACAUCAGUGAAAACUGGACUGAAGUCCCUAGCAAGCUGGACAGAGAGAGGACAUGACACAAGACAGAGUUAGCCUUUACCUCUGUAAUUUCCACUGAAAAAGCCUUAUAAAGCGCAAAGAGCAAAACAGGAAAAGUAUACUGAUCGACAUAACUCUAAGAACUCAUGAACAAAGCAGAAGUGCUGCAAUCACCAAAAUCAUGAACAGCCUGGGGAACACAGCAUGAGAUGUGAUGAUGCUGUUCUGUAACAUUGAUGCCUUUGGACAAAUUAGGAAUCACACUGAAGGUGCUGUCGUAUAGCCAUUAUGAUUAACAAGAAUGGUCAUAACAUCUGAUUUAUAGUUUAAGACAUACAGCAACAACUUUAAGAGAUGGGAAGUGCCAGCUUUGGCAAAGUUAUCAAAUAGAAAAAAAAUAAAGCUACUGUACUUGUUUUUUUUAUGAUUCAGUGUAUUGGAAUGCAUGUACAGGGUAAAUAGUUGCUGCUUUUCAUAUAUGAUUCGCAAAACAAAAACUGUAUAUAAGAAACAUCAUUUUUUAAACAUUACAUUAGCAUUUUUAGAUAUUUUGUACAUUCAUUUAAAUGUUGCACAACAUUUAAAAGGAAAACUUGACAUUCCUUGCAUAGUUUAAAUCAACAGACAUUAAUUCACCCAAAAAUGGAUUGCACUUGUAAAUUAGAUGCUUUCUGAGAGACAACUCCAAGACUACCUUCUAUCUUUUGUUUUUUUUUCUUCUUAAGUAUUGGACACACUGUUAACUUUUUUGACAUAGUGAAAAGUGUACCCCCCAAGGCCUCAGAAUCUAUUCAGUAGCCUACUUGUUUUGCUUCUAUUUUGACAGGUUUCCUAAUCAUUAUUCAGCUGAGCUAUUGUACUGUGUUCUAGUUUUUCAGAUGAUUCUGCUCUUCAGAACAGGAUGAUCAUCCAUAGUGAUUCUCAUAAAUUGGAGUCUGACUUGUGCUCAACAAAUAGUCCCCAUUGUGGCUCUGAACCCCAGCAAAAGAAACUGAAUAUCAUAGAGUUAAAUUUCUUCAUGUUUUUAAGAUGGAUGUUUGUCAAUACAACCAGUAUAGAACUCGCCUUCUUUCCCAAGAUCGCAGAUACAACAUAGUAAGCCAUACAGAUUUGAAGGGAUUUGACAAUGCAUUUAACAUUUUAAUUUUUUUUUUAUUCUGGUUCAUUGUUUUAGCCUAGACUUUUAAGCUGCUAACAGGUUGAGAAUAUUUUGCAUGCGCCCUAGUGAAAGUGAAAAUAAUGUUUUGACAUACAAUAAGUAAAUGUUCAAUUGUCCUUUUAAAUGGUUCUUUUUACCAUAUUCACACUUGUUAUGUUUUAUACAAAAUAUCAACCCAGUUUCAAAUUUUCUGUCCUACAUUAAAGUACCUACAGGCAGUUGUGUCUAAAGAAAAUAUUGACCUUGACCAGUAAUUUAUGUUCAGAUGUUUGUUUCCAUGUAAUGCCCAAUUAUAUCCUUGCCCCAAAAUCUAUAAUAUUGCAUUAGGAUCUGACAGCUUUAAUAAUUAUUGGUACAGUAGUACGGAAUAUAUUAAUUUUGUGGCUUCUCCUUUUGAUUCCUUUUGUACUAGGAAUAUAAUACUUUCAACAGUUAAUUGUCUAUAUGGCUACAUUACAAUGAAGGCAAAUUUAAAAUUAAGAAAUGCUCUCUAAACUAUAUUUACAUCCCUCUUGUUUUGGACUCUGUAUGUAGGGGAAACAAGGAUAGAUAUUUACAUUUUGAUGUGGACUUUGCACAGUCAUCCAUCAGAGUCUUAGAAGAACCUUGGCCAGGACCAGAAAUUGUCAAGACUACGUGAGAACAUUCAUUUCCCACCAUUCUUGUGUUUCUGUGACAUACAUUCUGCAGACCAGAAAGGCCUAGAGGCCAUCAUUCAGGUUCCUGCAAAAUGUAACAUUCAAGGUUUUGUUGAAUAUGAAUUCAAAUGAUACAACUAGCAAGUGUUUCUUGAGAAAUACAGGAUUUUAAAAACACAAGCAUUACAAUUUCUGAUUCAAUUGAGUGUAUGUAAGUAUAUGUUACAAGAGGGUUGCAUUUGGUAGACCGCUAGUUAAUUGGUAUCUGAUAUGUAAGCCAUAUAUUAUAUAUUUCUAUAUAAAGCUGUGCAGAAUUCUUAGACGUUGAAUUUUAUUCUCUUUUCAAACGUUUCUCUUCUUUGUGCAGAAACUCAACUGUGGCAAAGAUCUGCUAAUUUCUGGCAUUUUGUUUCAAGCUAAAAGUUAUUUUGUUGUACAAAUGGUUGCCUUUUAGCUUUAUUGAUAUACAGAACAAAUUAUGUUGAUAACAAAGACCAGACAUUGACACUUGAGAAUGUCUGGAAAGUGUGAUGGAUAAGCUAUGAGAACAGUUCACAUUGGCUGCUCAAGUAUAGUUCAGCACCAUGCUUUGCUAUGACCAAGUUUUUUGAUGAUUCUGAUCAAUAUUAAUUUAAAGAUAUCUAAAUGACAACAACCAAGCCUUAUUCAUAAGUAGUAGAAAAUGCUAGUUGAGGCUUUGGGUCAAUUGUUGAUGCUCAUAAAACACAAACUGUAUAUUGUAACUCCUGAUUGUGUGUGAGAUGUCUAAGACUUUUGAACAGCAGUAUACAUACAAUGUUCAAAUUUUGAUUUGAAUUAUCUUGCUAAGACAGAGUUAUUUUUACAAUGCAAAGUCAUAACAUAACCUGUUGUUGACAAACGGCCUAUUUCAGAGGCUUCAGUCUGGGUGGUCCACUGCCCUAUGUCCUCUGAUCAUUUUGAAACCUCUAACAUUAAGAAGCAUUCAGUCCUCAUGCCCUUAGAGUAGCUUUUGUCUUUGAAAAGUAAAAGCAAAAGAUUAAUUACUUUCAGAUUUAAAUCCUGAAGGUAUACACAAAUCUAAGGACUGUAUAGAAUACUAAACCAGGAACUUCAAAAAAGAAAAGGUUAGCAUUAGGGCAAACAUGUUCCACAAAGAAUAAAAAAAUCUAAUUGGCGUCAACAGGCACACAAUUAACCACCUGAUGUUACUCACUUUAGUGUGUACAUAAUGUAGUAAUUGCUUGAAGCUAAACAGAUCAAGUUAGGCAAAAUAUACAUGUAAAAUUGGAUUUUUUUGCAUGUCUUUUUAUAAUGGACAAAAUAAUUAUGAUAUAAUAAUAAAUAUGAUAAAAUCAUGAUAAAAACUGUGUUGCAGCCCGCAUGACUGUGGUUGUUUUCGAAAAAAUUCUGGUGUGUACCAUACUCACAUUGAAAAAAAAAAUCAAAAACACAAUCAUUGCACAGUUAACAAGUUCAAUACUUUUUGUAAACUGUCAACAGCACAACUAUUUUGUAUUGUUGUUUGUACCAUUUUGUACCAAAAAAGUAUAACAAAAAAGGGAAGAGAGUUUCUUGUUUUAAGCGUGUGUUUAUAGUGCCACUGCGAUCUUGGUUCCAAAUACAUAAACAGCCUUGCUGAUUUAUUGUGUAAAAAUAAAAGCUGAGCUGGUGAUAAGACACCAGUUCCCCUGUGUAAUAAAUAAAGUUCCCCUCCUUUUAAA